AUGUCUCUUGAGCAGAGUAUGUUCACUAAAGGUGAUGAUUGCAAUAAUGAUGCAACCAAUUCUGAUAAUGUACCUGCUGUCCACAUAGACGAUGUACAACGCAUGGAAGCUCGUCUUUUAAAGCUGUUAGAUGAAUUCAAUGCCAAAAAGUCUUCAUCGUUUGGUCCCAACUGUCCAUAUGAAAAGCUUGAUUCUAUUAGAGAGCAACAAGAAGAGCUUAUGCGAUUGCAUUUUGAGCAGGAUAAAAAGAUGAUGUCAAUCCUUGAGUCAGGCUCAACACUUGGUCGACGUCCUGUCAGAGCGCUUUUAACCGAGGAGGGUCGAAAAACUACGAAAACAAAUGUUGAUGCUCUAGUCACACGGCUGGAAUCGUUGAGUUAUGCAAUUUUGAAGUAA